CUCCUCUUUUUGUAGACUCGUUGUUGUUCUUGUCACAUUGUCGCCAUGGUAAUGAUACACUUCGCUGUUGUGUGUCUUCUGUUGUAUUUAUUUUUAGAAGAAAGGGUGUUAGAAAGCCAAGGUUUUAAUGGAGUUCAUCGGAAGCAGUUACAAAGGAGACACAAAAAAUGGCAGGAUGGAUGGAAAAGGAGAGUACACAUUUCCAACAGAGACCAAGUAUGAGGGAGAGAUGAAAGAAGGGAUGUUCCAUGGCAAAGGAGUUCUACACUUUCCAAAUGGGAGUAAAUAUGAGGCCACCUGGGAAAACGGCAUAGCUAAACAGGGGUCAUUUACCUUCGCUGAUGGCCUGCAGUACCAGGAGAAAGACUGGGACUACUGCGAUGGUUACGACAGGCGCUUCUACAGUGAGAGGUGCAAUGGACUCAGACCUGCAGGAGAAUCUCAGCUAAGUGAUCUUCAUCCACCACACAUUAUUCCUGAUGGAUGCUAUGAUUGUGGAGAUGGUUCCUAUGAUCCCAAGGCCAGAGUUGUUACUUCCUACAGUGGCAGAUUCCUCAGAAAUGCAGAUGACUGCGAGGAUGAGUGGAUUCUGCGGACUUGUCGGAAAGCUUGGGAUGAGGCUGCCGGUGUUGAUCCUGAAAACUCUGUCGCUUUCUGAAGAGACCGGAGACUUUUGUAGUCCAUUUUUAGAACAUCAGAUGUUUUUUGUGUCUUGUAAUAUAAC